CCUCCAGCAGAUGCAACGGUUCUCCGGUGUUUCACGGUAGUGGCGGCUACGAUGGGUGAGACAGAGACCGGGGAGGGAGCUGUGGAGCGUACGGAGCCGGUCCCUGGACCCCCAGCGGAGGAGCCGGUGCAGUGGAGCCCGGAGGUGGAAGUGUGCCUGUUUCACGCCAUGCUUGGCCAUAAGCCAGUCGGUGUGAACAGACACUUCCACAUGAUCUGCAUUCGGGAUAAGUUCAGCCAGAACAUCGGCCGUCAGAUAUCAUCGAAGGUUAUAUGGGAACAUCUGCGCACCAUGUAUGACAUGCAGGCCUUGCAUGAAUCGGAGAUCCUUCCUUUCCCAAAUUCCGAGAAGAACUUUAUUCUGCCUGAAGAGAUUAUUCAGGAGGUGAAAGAGGGUAAAGUGGCCACAGAGGACGACAUCAAGGAAGAAACAAAGGAAGACGUAGAUCUGCACUCAGUGUCUGAUGAAGCUUUUACAAACUCUUCAACGACUUCAGUGAAGACUGUAGAGAAACCCAGCAAAGAGAAGGAGAGGACUCUGUCAGAAUCUGGCUCCAAGGAGUCUGGUGAUAAGAGGAAACGAAGCCGCCUCACCGAGAAGGUGGUUAACGCCAACAGCAACCCAUCGAGUCCCAAUGCCAACAAGCGGAGACGCACAUAAGGAUGAGAUCCACCAAACAUGCUUGUGGGACAUUACAAGGUGGCCUCAGGGCUUCUCAUCUGCCUGCAAAAUAUCCUACUACCAGUCUUGUGAUCGGUAACACAUAUGUUGCAGGGAGUGGGCUUUGUUCUUGUUUUAGUACGGAGAAGUUGAGGCUUUUGUGUAAGGUUCACAGGGUCCUGUGGGAUCACCUAGCACAUCUAGUUUCUGUUUAAGGGAGGAGGACAGGCCCUCUAGUUUGGAUUUUUCUUAAUUAGCUAUAGAUAAAUUUGUUAGAGGGGGAUUUCACCUUCCACGAGACACGAAUUGCCGGACUGAGCUUCUUUUUGGUUCUGACAUUUCCAUGGUUUUAUAGGUGAACUGUGCGCCUGAAGAUCAUACCUAUGUCAGAUUAUAGCCGGCCAUUGACGUUUGAAAGCUAACGAUGCCUACCUCCUUUAUAUAGAUGAACAUAUGUCUGCACAUAGUAUUCCAAUUGAAGGGUGUGGUUCUUGUUCCCCCCCCCUAUUGAUAAAGUGUAUAGAUCAGAGUCCAUAAGGAAGCUCAGUCUGCUAACCCCAGCUGAGAGAAGUGAAAUUCCCCUUUAGGCCUCGUUCACAUCUCCGAAUUGCCUGCAAUGAGGUCCCGCCGUGAACCGGAAGAUUUCCGGCAUAAAUGCAGAGUUUCGGCCAGACAAAAAGCAUUGCAUGAAUUGUUUUUUUGUCCAGCCAAAAGCCGGCAUUUGCGCUGGAUCUACUAAACAGACAUAUGAACACGGCCUUAAAGGGGUAGUCUGAGAGUUUAAAGGUAACCUGUCACCUCCAAAACACAUU